UUCAGGUGUUGACCCGCACCGAGCGGUCGACGUCCAAACGCGUUCAUGCGCGCUUUUUGUUUGUGCUAAUUCUUAUUAAAUCUAUGCAAACACCACAAAGUUUAAAACGAUAAGAUUUCAAAGAAGAGUAAAACCGCGAAUCAUUCAAUAUUUACGCGAAAUACUAGUGUCAUUGGACUAUUAUAGUGUCAAGGAAACUAGAAAAAGUGUGCGGAUCAUCAACACUUACCACGGCAGAAUUAUUCAUUCAUUGAGAUCAAACGGUGACGAUGACAGUGGCACUGCAUCCAGAUGUGCCGAAGACUGAAGUCGAAGAAGUGGAGGUGGAGGAUGGCGCACGGAACUACAGCCGGAACGACACUUGUUACCUGUCUAAAAGCAGCGCUAAGUUGUCAAACAUCAAAGAACUUUUCGAAGAAUUAAACAAGGAGCUAGACAAAUCAUCAGGAGAGCAAAUCACCGAUGUUAAUCAAAACCAGAGCGAUGAGCAGCUGGAAGAAGACAAACUUCGUCGCCUCCUCAACUUCAAUGAAGCACCAUCAUAUUUAGCUCAUAAUCGAUUUAUAUUAUCUGGUUACCGUGGAUUAUUAACAACAAAAUUAUGCUUAGAAAGUGUUUUUUGGUGGACAAACGAAACGAUAAACAUAUGGUCGCACAUCUUUGGCUUCUUCCUUUUUAGCGUACUCACAGUUUACGAUAUUUUUGCAUUAGACGUAGACGCGACAAACACCGAUAAAGUAAUCAUUGCUCAAGUGCUAAUUUGCUUCAUGGUCUGUAUGUUGCUGUCGGCGUGCUAUCACACAUUCUCCUGUCGAUCGGAAUCAGAUUUUCACUGCUUCCUCAGCUUUGAUUUAUUUGGGAUUGCUUUAAGUUUAUUUGCAAUAUAUAUUUCCGGUAUUUAUUUCGCUUUCUGGUGUCAUCCGGGUUUAAGACACUUUUACAUCUCAACAGUGUCAUUAAUAUUUGUAAUUGCAAUGGCAAUGCAAUUACCGCGAUUUAAAGUUGAUUCUCACGUCAAAAUGUUAGUGUUUGUCGCGUGGGCGGCUUACGGAGUUGUUCCGACCAUUCAUUGGACCAUCGAAAUGGGUGGAUUGAGACAUCCAGUCGUUUCUUUGUUGCUACCCAGAGUACUUGGGAUGUACGUAAUAAGCGGUACUGCAUUCUUUAUAUAUUUAACUAAAAUUCCUGAGCGUUUCGCCGCUGGAAAAUUCGAUUUUCUCGGCCAUUCACACCAAUGGUGGCAUGUUAUCAUCGUGGCAGCGUUGUACUACUGGCAUUGCUCAGGCAUGGUAUACGUCAAUUAUCGCAUUAAUCAUACAUGCUCCGACAGCAUGCGUAUAGACUUUUACUAACAUUUUCAUUAGCAGAAUCAUUUACUAUAACCCAUCUAUUUGAUACAGAAUUAUUUAAUUUGACUACUUUCUGGCCAUUUUCCAUGUUUCUAGUAGAUGAUAGCACUUUAUUAGUCGUUCUAGAUCUUAAAUUAUUUGGUCUUUUAUUUGAAAAGACUAAAGUAGUUGAAAUUUGCUCAUCAUUGAAAUAUUUGUAGUUGCUAAUAAUUGAUUAACAAACGACAAAAUUGAUUACUUCGAAAUAUCGGAGUCUACCUGCAAAAUGGCCAGAAAGAAGAAUACUGCGGUAAAAAACUUCGUACAAUAUUUAUGUAUAGUUGUAUAGGGUAUAUGUUACAACGAUGGCUCUGGUAAAUAUAUCUGUGAUAUUCUGAGCCCGGUAAUCUGUUAUAUAGCGUUUCAUUAUUGUAAUUAUGGAGAAUUAUUGCAAACAUGUAAAUUAAUAAAUUGUGUUUUUGUUACUAUU